AUGACCAAAAGCGUUGCUGAUUCCAUCCGCGCAUUUCAGAUCCAAAACAAAUUCCGUAACGCGACCGAGAUCCGCAAGCCUAUAUUGUUAUCUGCCCAAGGCACCAUCCCCGAUUGGCUCAAUGGUGUUCUUUAUCGCGUUGGCCCUGCAAAGUACAAUUUGAGUGAUAAUGGCAAGCAACAUGCAAUCAACCACGCCUUUGAUGGCUUGACCUUUGUCCACCGGUUCGAGAUCUCUGCUAAGCAACAAGCUGUAAAGUACAAUUCGCGUUUUACUGCUGAGAGUGCUGAGAAAACGAUCGUGAAUAAUCCCACCAAUGAUACAUACUUUGGCCAUUUACCUGAAGUUGGUGGUGUCUUCUCCAAGGUGUCCAAUGUAGUGCAUCGUGCCACUACCAUUGGCAACAAUGAUGACAAGGAUCCAUCAUCAGACAAUGUUGGUGUAACAAUUACUCCCGAAUACCCAUUGCCAAGCAAGUUUGACAAGGAUGACACGGAUCCUUUGGUGGUUGUUUCAAAGACGGAUGCCAACUUGUUACAAAUUGUCCAUUCGACCUCUUUGGAACCUAAACGCUUGUUCACUUAUGCUGCUUACGACAAACGUCUUGAUGGAACAAUGGCUGCAGCCCAUCACAAGAGCGACUUUAAUACUGGAGAGACGUUUAAUUUCUCACUUGGCAUGGGACCUUCCUCAAAGCUCACUGUAUUCAGCAUCAAACAAAACAAUGGCAAUGAUAAGCAGCAGCAGCAGCAACAACAAACGACUAUCCUUGCCGACAUCACUCAUCGUAAAUUACCUGGUGUACCAGCAAACGAGCAAGAGCGCAUCCAACCUCCUUACACGCAUGCUUUUUGGUUGACUGAAAACUAUGUAAUCAUACCUGAAGGGCCAUUACACUUUGUUCGAGGAGGUGCAGAUAUACUCUUGAAUGGUGCUCUUGUACCUAGCAUGGCAUGGCGUGAAAAUAGCCCUGGUUACUUGCACGUGGUCCAUCGUCAUGGUGAUGGGCACGUGAUCACGUUGCCUGUGGACCCCUUUUUUAUCUUUCACACCAGCAAUGCAUGGGAUACCAAGCUUGACGAUGGCACAGUUGUACUCAAACUUGAUGCAUGUGCAUGGCCAGAUGGUGAUAUCAUUCAUCAAAUCAGUAGUUUUGGUUUGAUGCAUCGUACACCACCACCAAAGCAAGAAGAAGGAAGCACAACAAAGAUCCGUGGCAUCACCGUACCGCCAAGCCCUCUUCAAUUUGGGAAUCUCGUACGUUACCACCUUGAGUUUAAUGAACGUGAUACCAGCAUUGCCAAGGCCACACAGCGUCAAAUCACACCCAAUGUCGAUUUUCCUCGCUACAAUCCAUUGGAUAAUCUCAAGCCGUACAAAUAUCUAUGGGGCUGUCAACACCAAGGUGCCACUGUUGACGACGUUGAGCGCUUCAGCUUGAUCAAAAUAGACACCGAGACUGGAAAGACGAUCAAGCUGGAUCGUGAAAAAGAAAUGUACACUGAGCCGGUCUUUGUACCUAAGCCUGGUGCUAUUGAUCAUGAUGAAGGCGUGCUUCUUAGCUUUGUCAAUAUUACAGAUCCUCGUGGCCCUGAGCAUGAUAGCUGCUUAUUGGCCAUCAUUGAUGCUAAAUCCAUGGUUGAACUUGCUCGCUGCGACAUUGGUCAAUUUAGUUGUAUUACAUUCCAUGGUUCCUUUAUUUCUGAUGUACACUUUGAAACCUCAAACUACAAUUAA